CUGCCCUUGAACGUACUGUCUAAGCUCCGUACCUCGGAUGCCUUGGAUGAUUACAGGCACGGGUGAUAUGAGGGAAAAUUCGGCCUUAGGAACCGUGAUUAACGCCAACAUCUCUGUCCCUAAAUGUUUUAUGCUCGUAUUGCUACUUCACAUGAGCAUUGUCAUGAUUAGAGCAAAUACUCGAGCAAACAGGCAGACCAAACUCAGCGCCCGUGCUCCAGCUGUACCUUCUAAUAUAUCGUUUAAUACUAGGACUUAUCGUUUCUUUAGCUCUCACGAAAUAACGCUGACCUAGCAGAUUCCGGUGUGCUAAUCCAUGGGCAGAUGAUCCGUAGACUGCGAACCAACACCGUUCUCAAAUGGACACAGAGCGUGCUGGAAAGUGGCUAAAUUCCGG